GGGCCCUCCUCUGCGUACGCCUCCCACUGAGCCUGUUCCACGGUGAUCAGUCACGCUGCCGAGGUCUUGUACAACUGCUGGGCCCCACCUCCUAAUUUUGCCGGUGCGGGAAUUGAGCGUAAACGACAGCAGAGCAGUGCAGUGCAGAGCGAGGGAGGAGGCACACCUAGGGCCUUUACAUGGUCAAUCAGAAGCCUGUUUGUGGCGGAGUGAAUUGGAGUUCUUGUGACCGAAGGGCCCUCAGGCACGAAUCCUUCAAAUGGCAUACAGCUCCUCACAGCUGAAGUACUCUUGAGCAGCACACAAACCCAAUGGAGGCGCGUCACUUGUUUCAGAAAAGAGGAAAGUUCCGUUCACCUGGAAUCCCAACCAUCCAUCGCCAUGAAGUGACCUCAUGCGUGACAUUGCAUCCUGCCAUGAAAAGAGCCAGUGAGUGUGAGCCAUGUUGGAUGUGAGUGAAGGUGUGGAGAGAUGCUGCUGCCGCCGCGCCGCUCUUGACUCACACGGCCCGAGCAUCACACGCCUCAGCGGGUAGAUGCCAACUCUCCAGGCCGAGGAAGAGACGGGGGAGCCUGGGGGAAGGUGUCGGGCGGUGCCGGCGGUCCUGGAAGUGGCUACCUAGCCGGAGUGGAGGAGUGAGAAGGCAAGACGAGGAAGGGAGAGGGGAAGAAGACGGAGGGGAGAGACCGAGAAAAGGAAGAGACUAAAUGGCUACACUGCUACCGGGCUUCGCCAAGCUCUCGCCUCUGGUUCUUCACCUGCUUCUCCUCGGCUCUUUGUUCGCCCUCACCCCGCCGACGGCGCAUGCAGCGGGGGCUUCCGACCUGUGGACCCCGGGCCCCCGCCUUCGGGAUGCCGGUAAAGCGAGCGAGUGUACGUGCGAGCCAGCAUGGGAGUCGCCGGAGGACAGCCGGGAUCUACCCGCCAGCAGGUGGAGCGAUGAGCGGACGCAGCGUGAGGGAUGCUCCGGAGCGCGGCGCGGAGGAGGAGGAGGCGGCGGAGGGACACCGGAAGGAUUCGGGACGUUUAGGAGGAGCGGGGACGAGCUACCGCCUCCUCUCCUCCCCGGUGUUGUCAGUGCGGGGAAGAAGGGCGUUGUUCCGCCCGCCACCUCGGAAGCUUUCAACCCCUCGCCGGUUCAGAGCGGCAAAAAACGGACAGUACAAAGAACUCGAGUGAGCGCGCUGCCCCGGCCACACCUUACUAAACGUGGAGCCCACAGCGCCUUUGUGCGAGCUUUUAGCCUGAGCAAGGCACCCGGAAGUCGAGGGAGAAGCAAUGGAGGGCUGUGGGAGAAAGCUGGUGAGCUCACCAGGCACUGUAAGGAUUUAAAAUUAUCACCAGAAGCAACGUAUUUUCCUGGAUAUAACUCAGCUUCUUAUCAAAAAUAUAAAUCACAUCUUAAUAUUUGUAUGCGGGUCCAAGCAUUUUGUCAGAGUUACCAGAACAGGAAUAAUAAUGAUGGUGCUCGGAGCUCAACUAGCAUGGUCAAGAGAAGAGCUGGUAAUUGUUCUCAUCUGGGCAGGCGCCGCGUUAUCGGCCCACGCAGCAUCCGAGAGGGGGGCGAGGUUGCCCGUAGAACCCGGUGCGUUAUUCGGGAGAGGGAACGGUGGUCCGAGGGUGAGGAAGAGGCUAGAUGUUGUGCACCGGCAGUGUUUAUGUGCAGAGAGAAUGGUAGGAGAAGGGAGAUUGAAAGAGGAGGGGUCAGUCAAGGCGACGCACACAUUAACGUAUCUAAUUAUGCAGGUAGUGAUCGUAGGGAUGAUAAUGAAGGGGCAUGUGCAGCGAGAACCGAGAGCGAGGAAGCGGGUAAGGAGACUCCCUGUUGUUUUGAGGGACGAGGAGCAAGGUGUGAAUUGUUAGCGGAGUUUUUAGGUCUCCGGGGAGGCAUAACUCGGAGGUAUCCCAAAUGGCAAUUUGAAACAGGCAGCAUCACGGAUGCGCCAGGUCAGUGGUUUACACGUGCUAAAAUGUGUCAUAUUUUGUCAAUACUCCAAGUACAAACAAGCCGUUAUGCAGAAAUUGAACCUGCUGGAAUCUGUUGUUCUGCAGAAAAUGUUGAGUCAGAGGGAGCUGACUCGGCAGUUUUUGUGUCCGGGAAGUUUCCGGCUCAUUUAAAUCUAAAGUUACAUUCGUCUUCGCAGCCUCCCACUUUUUCUUCACAAGUCAACCUGACCACAUGGCCGAGUGAGUUUCCUCUUUGGCCCGUUUCUGUGGGGGACGAGAUGGAUUCUGCUCUUACGGAUAGAGUGAUUUUGUGGGGUGAUUUUAACGUAAACAACAACAACAACAAGGGUAAAGACAGGCGUGAUUUUGGUGAUGAAUCAGAGACGCUAAAGUCCACUGAGCAAGUGUCUUUAGAAGGCGUCAGACUGUCAGAAAAGCAGCAGAUUGGGACUGAGGAGGGAAGGGAGAGAGAUGGUGAGGCAGAGGGGGACGGACUGGAGGGCUCUGCCGCUGCUGCUGGGGGAGGAAAAUUACAGGUGGGGGAGGGUGAGUUAAUGGUAGGGAGAGGACCGCGGGGAGAAGGGGAGGAUGAGAAGCAAAGCGAGAGGGGGACAACAAAGCUAGGCCAAGCUGAGGAGAGAGAGGCAGAGGAAGGGAAGGGUCAGGAUAGGGGCAGUAGCACCGUCACUAUCACACACCUAGAUAGUGAUGAGAGGGAGCCAGAGGGGGAGGCUGAGGAGAGGCGCAGUUCAAGGGGAGAAAGAAGCCUGGAAAGGCUGAUAAUAGACCCAGAUGAUAAAACUUUGCCGGAAGAAAGGACAGGCAAGGUUUUGAUGGCGUGGCCUCGCUCUCGACGUGCAGCUAACAGACAUCCUCAUUUUUCCCUAUAUAACUACCAAAUACAAGUGGCCGAGAACCAGCCACCUGGGACCUCGGUUCUUGUCAUGUCUGCUUCAGACCCGGAUGCAGGGGAUGCAGGCAGGUUGAGCUACAGCAUGGCCCCAUUGAUGAACAGCCGAUCGUCUGACUAUUUCCACAUACACCCUGACACCGGUUUGAUCACAUCCACCCAGAUUCUAGAUCGAGAACAUAUGGUUCUGCAUUAUUUUCGUGUCACAGCGACUGAUCAUGGUUCCCCUCGCCUCUCUGGCACCACAAUGGUUGCCAUUACUGUCGCAGACCGCAAUGAUCACUCCCCUAUUUUUGAGCAGACCGAGUACAGGGAAACCAUCAGGGAGAAUGUAGAGGAAGGGUAUCCCAUUCUUCAACUGAGAGCGACAGAUUUAGACUCCCCAUCCAACGCUAAUAUCCGCUACCGAUUUGUGGGCGACACCGCAACAGUUGGAAGAGCUGCUUUUGAAAUUGAUCCAAGAUCAGGCCUCAUAACUACCCGCGGAAUUGUUGACAGAGAAACAAGUGAACGCUACACGCUCCAGGUGGAGGCUAGCGACCAGGGCAAGGAACCAGCGCCACGAUCAGCCACAGUCGAAGUCUUCAUCACCGUGCUGGAUGAAAAUGACAAUGUGCCACAGUUCAGCGAGAAGCGGUACGUGGUGGCGGUGAAGGAGGACGUGAGGCCACACACAGAGAUCCUCCGUGUGAGUGCCACAGACCGGGACAAGGACAGUAAUGCUGCGGUUCACUACAAUAUCAUCAGUGGGAACAGUCGUGGACAGUUUUCCAUAGACAGUUUCACGGGGGAAAUCCAAGUAGUGGCGCCCCUGGAUUACGAGGCGGAGCGGGAGUACACCCUGCGUGUACGUGCGCAGGACAAUGGCCGACCACCUCUUUCCAACAACACCGGCAUUGUGAGUGUGCAGGUGACAGACGUCAAUGACAACCCGCCCAUCUUUGUAUCCACGCCGUUUCAAGCAUCUGUGCUUGAGAGUGCACCUGUUGGAAGCUCUAUCCUCCACAUCCAGGCCAUCGAUACCGACGCAGGUGACAACGCACGCCUGGAAUACAGACUGACCGGCACUAGCUCUGACACACCAUUCCUCAUCAAUUCUGCAACGGGCUGGGUCACCGUCAGAUCCAUUCUUGACAGGGAAUCUGUAGAGCACUAUUUCUUUGGUGCAGAGGCAAGGGAUUAUGGGAUGCCGCCUCUUUCUGCCACAGCAAGUGUCACAAUAACAGUCAUGGAUGUCAAUGAUAACCGACCAGAGUUUUUACAAAAGGAAUAUUACGCCCGCCUGAAUGAGGAUGCUGUAGUUGGUACCAGUGUGGUCACUGUCACAGCUGUGGAUCGGGAUGUCAACAGCGCAGUGACCUAUCAGAUAACAGGUGGCAACACCAGGAACCGCUUUGCCAUCAGCACAGCAGGGGGGUCCGGGCUGCUCUCUUUAGCCCUCCCUCUGGACUACAAACAAGAGCGGCGCUAUGUCUUAACUGUCACUGCUUCAGACCGCACACUUCAUGAUACCUGUCAGGUGCACAUCAACAUCACAGAUGCCAACACGCACCGGCCUGUCUUCCAGAGCGCACACUACUCCGUUAGUGUGAAUGAGGACCGACCAAUUGGGAGCCAAGUGGUUGUCAUCAGCGCAACCGAUGAUGAUGUGGGUGAAAACGCACGCAUCACAUAUUUCCUGGAGGACAAUAUCCCUCAGUUUCGCAUAGAUCCUGCAUCAGGAGCUAUCACGCUACAGGCAGAGCUUGACUAUGAGGACCAGAUGACCUACACUUUGGCAAUAACGGCAAAAGAUAACGGUAUUCCACAAAAAUCAGAUACUACAUACGUGGAGGUGAAUGUCAAUGAUGUGAAUGACAACGCACCCCAGUUCCUCAGCCCCAGAUAUCAGGGAACUGUGAGUGAAGACGCUCCUCCAUUCACCAGUGUCCUCCAAAUUUCAGCCACCGACCGGGACGCCCACGCCAAUGGUCGCGUUCAGUACACCUUUCAAAACGGCGAGGAUGGAGAUGGAGACUUUACCAUUGAACCAACAUCUGGAAUUGUGCGAACUGUUCGCCGUUUGGACCGGGAAAGUGUGCCAUUCUAUGAGCUCACAGCGUACGCCGUCGACCGAGGCGUGCCUCCCCAGAAAACACCUGUCCACAUCCAGGUGACGGUUCUUGAUGUGAACGAUAACGCCCCGGUCUUUCCUGCCGAUGACUUUGAGGUUCUCGUGAGGGAAAACAGCGCAGUGGGUUCUGUGGUCGCCCAAAUCACCGCCACAGACCCGGACGAGGGCGCCAACGCCCAAAUCAUGUAUCAAAUUGUGGAAGGAAACAUCCCUGAGAUCUUUCAGAUGGACAUCUUCUCAGGCGAGCUCACAUCCCUUAUUGAUCUUGACUAUGAGGCUCGCAAUGAGUAUGUCAUCGUAGUCCAGGCCACUUCAGCCCCUUUGGUCAGCCGGGCUACUGUGCGAAUCAAACUGGUGGACCAGAACGACAACAAACCCACUCUGCAGGACUUCCAGAUUAUUUUUAACAAUUUUGUGUCCAACCGUUCAAACAGUUUCCCCACCGGGGUAAUUGGGAGAGUCCCGGCCCACGAUCCAGAUGUGUCGGACCGGCUUUACUACACCAUAGACCGAGGGAACGAGCUUCACCUGCUGCUCCUUAAUCACACCAGCGGGGAGAUCCGACUGAGCCGUAAACUGGACAAUAACAGGCCGCUGGUGGCUCCCAUGCUGAUCUCUGUCACAGAUGGGGUCCACAGCAUUUCGGCUCACUGCGUCCUGCGUGUCCUCAUCAUCACCGAGGACAUGCUGGGCAGCAGCGUCACGGUCCGCCUGCAGAACAUGUCCCAGGAGCACUUCCUGUCGCCGCAGCUGGGUCACUUCCUGGAGGGCGUCUCAGCCGUGCUCUCGGUGCCCGUCGAGGACGUCUUCGUCUUCAACAUCCUGCCAGACAUGGACGCCGCCCCGGGAGGCAUCCUGAACGUCAGCUUCUCUGCCGCGCUGCCGGGAGGACACUUCUUUCCUUCCGAGGCCCUGGAGGAGCAACUGUACCUGAACAGGCCGCGGCUGACGUCACUCACACAGAUGGAGGUCCUCCCAUUUGACGACAACGUGUGUCUCCGCGAGCCGUGCCAGAACUACAUGAAGUGCAUCUCGGUGCUGCGCUUCAAUAGCUCCGCCCCCUUCAUCUCCUCGCCCUCCAUCCUGUUCCGGCCCAUCCACCCCAUCGCCGGCCUACGUUGCCGCUGCCCGGUGGGCUUCACUGGCGACUACUGCGAGACGGAGAUCAACCUUUGCUACUCCAACCCCUGCCUCAACGGAGGGGUGUGCGCCCGGAAAGAGGGAGGGUACACGUGUAUCUGCCGGGAGGACCACACUGGUGACCGCUGUGAGUUUGACCAGCGUCAUGGCGGCUGCGUGCCGGGCGUGUGUCGCAACGGAGGAACGUGCCGGGAGCUCCCAGGCGGCGGCUUCCGCUGCGAGUGUCCCGCCGGCGGGUACGAGCGGCCAUAUUGCACCGUCACCGCCCGCUCCUUCCCGCCUAAAACCUUCGCCAUGUUCCGUGGCCUCAGGCAGAGAUUUCACCUCUCCAUCUCUUUAACUUUUGCAACCCUUGAGAGCAACGGCCUUCUUUUCUACAACGGCCGCUUCAACGAGAAACACGACUUCAUCGCUUUGGAGAUCCAAGAGGGCCAAGUGGUGCUGAAAUAUUCCACAGGUGAAUCGUCCACCCAGGUGAGUCCCUACCUGCCUGGAGGUGUGAGUGAUGGGGAAUGGCACACGGUUCACAUCCGCUACUACAACAAGCCAGCUAUACGCUAUCCCAAGCGCAGCAUGAGCGGCGAUGCCCAAGGUCCAUCAGACGAGAAGAUUGCUGUGGCCAGCGUGGACGACUGCGACACGGCCCUGUCGCUCCGCUUUGGCACGCAGCUGGGCAAUUACAGCUGUGCGGCUCAGGGCAAGCAGACCAGCAGCAAGAAGUCUCUGGAUCUGACAGGUCCCUUGUUCUUGGGCGGAGUCCCCAACGUUCCUGACAACUUCCCGUUUGGCACCAGGGAGUUUAUCGGCUGUAUGAAGGAGCUGCACAUUGACAACAAGCCGCUAGACCUCGCCGGGUUUAUUGCUAACAAUGGAACCGUCCCAGGCUGCAGCGCCAAACUUCCCUACUGUAAAUCAAACCCUUGUCAGAAUGGAGGAACCUGCCGGGUCAGCUGGGAGACGUUCUCUUGUGAUUGCCCACUCGGGUAUGGAGGGAAGGACUGCAGCCACGUGAUGCCCCACCCGCAUCGCUUCCUGGGAAACAGCGCCCUCUGGUGGGACCUGAAGAACGACGUAACCAUCUCCACUCCCUGGUACCUGGGCUUGGUGUUCCGGACCAGAGCCCGAGAGGGCACCCUGCUCCAGGCCCAGGCCGGGCAGUACACCAGUCUGCUCUUCCAGGUGACUAAUGGUCAGCUGGUGUUUUCCGUGACUCGAGGUUCAACCAGACCAGUGAGGCUGAGGCUGGAUCAAGUUCAGGUGGCGGACGGGCGGUGGCACGACCUCCAGCUUGAGCUGCGGGACGUUCACAGCGGACGUGAGACGCGUUAUGUUGCCACACUUCGCCUUGACUUUGGACUUUAUCAGGGAACAGCAAUAGUGGGAAAUGAGAUUCACGGUUUGAAGGUGAAACAUCUGCAUGUGGGAGGAGUGUUGGGCUCUGGAGAGGUCCAGAACGGGAUAAAGGGAUGCAUACAGGGCGUCCGUUUGGGCGUAAGACCGGACUCCCCACCGCUGCCCCGGCCUUCCAGGACGGUCAAAGUGGAGAUUGGCUGCAACGUUGUCAACACUUGCGUCUCAUCUCCUUGCCCCGCCCACAGUCGGUGUUCUGACCAAUGGGAGCGACACACCUGCAUAUGUGAACCUGGUUUCUAUGGGAAAGGCUGCACAGAUGCUUGCCAUCUGAACCCGUGUGACAAUGAGGCUCAGUGCCACAGGAAGCCCACCUCGUCGCACGGAUACACCUGUGACUGUGGAGACAACCACUAUGGACAGUAUUGCCAACACAGGAUAGACCACCAGUGUCCAAGGGGGUGGUGGGGCUCUCCCACCUGUGGACCGUGUCACUGUGAUGCCAACAAAGGGUUUGACCCCGACUGUAACAAGACCAGUGGACACUGUCAGUGCAAGGAGUUUCACUAUCGUCCACGGGGCUCAGACAGCUGCCUGCCAUGUGACUGCUACCCGGUCGGCUCCUUUUCGCGGACAUGUGACCCCGAGGCCGGCCAGUGCCAGUGCAGGCCCGGUGUGAUCGGCCGCCAGUGCAACACCUGUGACAACCCGUUUGCUGAAGUCACAAACUCAGGGUGUGAAGUCAUUUAUGAUGGCUGCCCCAAAACCAUCACUCAGGGGAUCUGGUGGCCGCGGACCAAGUUCAACCUGCCUGCAGCAGUGCCCUGCCCCAAAGGCUCUGUGGGUGCUGCCAUCAGACACUGUGAUGUUGAGAGAGGCUGGAUGGAACCAGACCUUUACAACUGCACCUCCCCUCCAUUCGUGGAGCUCAAUGCUGCUUUGGACUCGCUUGAACGCAACGAAACUGAGCUCAACACGAUAAUGGAAAAGAAGCUCGCACACCAGCUCCGUGAUGUCACCGAAGCGACAGGCCGCCUUUACGGUAACGACCUGCUGAUUGCAGAGCGACUGCUGUCACGCCUCCUGACCUUCGAGACCCAACAAAGUGGCUUUGGACUCACCGCCACUCAGGAUGCACACUUUAAUGAGAACAUCCUGCGGGGCUGCAGCGUAUUGCUGGGUCCCGGAACGGAGGGGCUCUGGCGGGCCCUCGCCCAGGCUCAGAACCACAUUCCUGGCGGUCCUUCGGAGCUGACGGAAUUGCUGGGGCAGUAUACGCAGAAUCUGGCUCAGAACAUGAAGCUCACCUACCUCAACCCUGUGGCACUCGUAUCUCCUAACAUUGUGAUGAAUCUGGACCGAGUGGAGAACCACACCCACGUGCGGCGACGCUUCCCGCGUUACCACACCUCGCUGUUUCGCAGUCAGAACGUCUGGGAUCCCUACACCCACGUGGUGCUGCCCCCUGCUGCCCUGGUGCCACAACGACAACAGCAGCAACACAGCUGGAAGGAGAAGGAGCGCAAGGAAAAAGAACUGGAGAAAGAUUACAUCCCUCCUGUUCAACCCCCAGUCAGCAUCUCGGCCAAUCAGACCAGUGAAUACACAGCAGCCAGGCGCACGCUUGCCGCGCCUGAGCCGCCCAUCUCUAUCGUCAUUUUGCUGAUCUAUCGAAGUCUGGGCGGAGCGCUGCCUCCCAAGUAUCACACGGACAGGCGAGGAGUGAGGCUUCCCAGACACCCCGUGAUGAACUCCCCAGUGGUCACCAUCUCUGUUUACAACAACCAGACGUUCGUGGGCGGACAUUUGGACCAGCCCAUCCUACUGGAGUUCAAGCUCCUGGAGACGGCCAAUCGCAGCAAGCCGCUGUGUGUCCAAUGGAACCACAGCAGCCAGUGUGCGAUAGGAGGUUGUUGGACGGUGAGGGACUGCACGGUGGUGUAUAGGAACACCUCGCAUGUCCGCUGUCAGUGUCAAAGGCUGGGUACUUUCGGGGUGCUGAUGGACAGUUCCCACAGAGAGCAACUUGAAGGAGAUCUGGAGACACUCGCCCUGGUUACUUAUUCCUCUCUGGUGCUAUCCAUGCUGGCUCUCCUCCUCACCGUCCUGGUGCUGUCCUGCCUCCGAGGCCUCAAGUCCAACAGCCGCAGCAUCCAUUCCAACACGGCGGCAGCCAUGUUUCUGUCUGAGCUUGUGUUUCUAAUGGGGGUCAAUCAGACUGAGCAACAGUUCCUGUGCACGGUGGUGGCCAUCCUGCUGCAUUACUUCUUCAUGUCCACAUUUGCUUGGAUGUUUGUGGAGGGCCUUCACAUCUACAGGAUGCAGACUGAGCAACGGAACAUCAACUUUGGAGCCAUGAGGUUCUACUACGCCAUCGGCUGGGGCGUGCCUGCUAUCAUUACGGGUCUGGCUGUGGGCUUGGACCCUGAAGGUUACGGUAACCCAGACUUCUGUUGGAUCUCGAUCUACGACAAGCUUAUUUGGAGCUUUGCCGGGCCCAUCGGCAUCGUCAUACUGAUCAAUGGAGGUAUUUUCAUGAUUGUAGCCAAGAUGUCUUGUAACCCUUCACAGAAGGAGACCAAGAAACUCCCUGUCAUCGCGACCAUUCGCAACGCCUUCCUGCUGCUGAUGAUGGCCACCUCCACCUGGCUCUGUGGCUUGAUGGCCGUGAACAACAGCAUCCUGGCUUUCUACUACAUCUUUGACGUCCUCUGUCUCGUGCAGGGUCUGUCGGUGUCGCUGGUCUUCACUGUGUUCAACUCUGAGGUGAAGGAGGCCUGGAGAGUAGCCUGCUUGGGUAAGAAGAGUCUUGAAGAGUCGCCAAGACCAGCACAGAACACGGCACAGAAUCCCUAUCAUAACGCUUCAUUGUUGGAGCAGAGUGGGCUGCACCGCAUCACCUUGGGAGCUUCCACCAUCUCCUCUGUCAGCUCUGCCAGAGAAAAUCUCUUAGCUCGGCAAACUCUGGAGCAAAGCAUUGUUCAAACCGGAGCGACGGACCUGGAUGUGGCCAUGUUUCACAGAGAUGGAGGCGAGGAUUCCGAUUCUGACUCGGACCUCUCCAUGGACGAGGAGCGCAGUCUCUCCAUCCCGUCGUCUGAGAGCGAGGACAACGUCCGUCUACGAGGUCGCAUCCAGCGGCGUUUCAAACGCUCCAAUCACGGCGAGCGCCUGCUCACUGAGCCCGCCCACAAUGGUACCAAAGAUCUGGACGGCAACGACCUUCUGUCUUACUGGCCCGCCCUGGAGGAGUGUGAGAAACACACCCUCCAAAAGUGGGGCUCGGAGCGCCCCCUGGGGGGCGACUACAGCAAGGACGCGGCAAACAACAACCAAGCAGACGGAGCGCUCACGAGCGGGGACGAGAGCGGCCUCACGCAGCCGCACAGGCACCGCAAGGGUAUUCUCAAGAAUCGUCUAGGCUGCCCUCCAGCUCUUCAGGGCAUUUCAACAGUGGGUCGGGGAUCCAGUGAGCUCAACUGGUACCGCACCUCGACCCUGGGCCACCGAGGCGUCCCCGCCGCCUCCUAUGGCCGCAUGUACUCUGCCUCGGCGAGUGGCGGAGGCGGCACGGGCUCGCUCUCGCAGCCGGGUUCCCGCUACUCCUCCAGGGAGCAUCUGGACUCGCUGGCUCGGAGGCAGCUCUCCCGGGAUCCUCUCGGGAGGCAAACAGUAGGAGGGUCGAAGGACCGGCUGGACUCGCGGGGUUCCAGAGACAACCUGGACCUCCUGCCCAGGAGGAGGGAGCUUGGCCAGGGCGCGGGGCUCACAGGCCUGGGACUGGAUCACCAGAGAACGUCGUCAUCCAGGGAGAAUUUGACCUCCUCCAGGGACAGACUGGACAACCAUCACCCAAGCACUUUCCAUGCCUCAAGAGAGGACUUGAGGGGGAACGGCAUGGAGGGUAGUCUGAGCGGGUCCAGAUCGCAGCUGAACAUGCUCACUCGCCGGCAGGCGUCAUCCCGGGAGCACCUGGCGGGGGCGCUGAUGAGCAGUAGGUCCAGAGAGGAGCUGGAAGCCAACGGAGUGGGAGCACAGUCCCAACCUUGUCGGGAAUGGCUGCGCUCUCUACCGCCUCGCCAGCCCUCGCACCCGGACCAACCUCCACCUUCCUCCCCACCGCCGCCCAUCUCAGAGGAACCCCAGCAGGACGCCUUCCCUCCUCCGGGUCACAUUAGAGGACGCCUGGACUCUGCAUGUAGGUACCCUGGGCAGACUGUCACGGCUUUGAACCCUUUGGGGCGACAGCCGUCCAGUGAGCACCUGGACAUACUCUCCUCCAUCCUUGCAUCCUUCAACCCUUCCGUCCUCACUCCUCCAAACGCCGCCUCAAACUCGGGGCCCAAUGGCUCUGCCCUUGGCCCCUCCCCCUCUGCCACAUCCCACAGCAUAUCUGAAGUCUCUCCUGACUCAGAAGCCAACAGAAGUGAAGGACAGUCUUGAUGACGGCCUCCAAGCUUUUGUGAGUCCCAGGUCCAAGGUCAUGGAGCUUCAUUGGAGGACUCAAACACAGCUUUGGACUCAGGUGACAUCCAGACAUGUCUUUAAAAAAAAAACUGAACUCACAAACGCAGACAGAAUCCACAUAAAAAGAACACGGACUGUACAUACAUCCUGACCACUAAAACACUUUUAUACAUUUUGUAUCUUUUUCAAUGGAGACUAGCACGUCUCUUAUGAUGUUUUUUUUUGUAACGUCCGUGUGAGUGAGGCCGGUGCGAGUGAGCUAUUUAUUAAAAAAAUAUUCAUCAAACGUGGCAAA